AUGGUGAGUAGUGAGAGAAGAGAGAAAAUAGUGGCAGAAUUGAUUCAGACGGAUUUAAAGCAGAAAGUUAUUGCAAUGGAGAAAUACAAUAUUGGAAAAAGCAGAGAAAACCCCAUAAAUUUACAGCUUCUCCCCAGCCAGCUGGAUCCCAGCCUGUGUUUCACUGCUGGAGCAUAUUUUCCCAAGUUCAGGACCAUACACUUGUCCUUGCUGGACUUCAUAAGGUCCUUGCUAGCCCUAUCUUCCAGCCUAUCCAGGUCUUCCUGCACGGUGACUGUCCCUUCCAAAACUGGAAGGAAGGAGAAGGGAGACCCACUCAACAUCGCUAUUGACAAGAUGACCAAGAAAACACGUGACCUUCGAAGACAGCUACGGAAGGCAGUAAUGGAUCACAUAUCGGAUUCAUUCCUGGAGACCAAUGUCCCGUUACUGGUUCUCAUUGAGGCUGCAAAAAGUGGGAAUGAGAAAGAAGUGAAGGAGUAUGCUCAGGUCUUCCGUGAACACGCCAACAAGUUAGUUGAGGUUGCAAAUCUGGCCUGUUCAAUCUCAAAUAAUGAAGAAGGUGUGAAGUUAGUCCGUAUGGCAGCAACACAAAUUGAUAGUCUGUGCCCACAGGUAAUUAAUGCUGCCCUCACACUGGCUGCCAGACCCCAGAGCAAAGUAGCCCAGGACAACAUGGAUGUCUUUAAAGAUCAGUGGGAGAAACAGGUGCGAGUUCUCACUGAAGCUGUUGAUGACAUCACUUCGGUGGAUGAUUUCCUCUCUGUUUCAGAAAACCAUAUUCUGGAAGAUGUGAAUAAAUGUGUGAUUGCUCUCCAAGAGGGGGAUGUGGAUACACUGGACAGAACUGCGGGUGCCAUCCGAGGCCGUGCAGCCAGGGUUAUUCACAUCAUUAAUGCAGAGAUGGAAAACUAUGAAACUGGAGUUUAUACUGAGAAGGUACUAGAAGCUACCAAACUGCUCUCUGAAACUGUUAUGCCACGUUUUGCUGAACAAGUCGAGGUUGCCAUUGAAGCUCUGAGUGCAAAUGUCCCACAGCCAUUUGAAGAGAAUGAAUUUAUUGAUGCCUCCCGCUUGGUUUAUGAUGGAGUUCGUGACAUCAGGAAAGCUGUUCUGAUGAUAAGGACCCCCGAAGAGCUAGAGGAUGAUUCAGACUUCGAACAGGAAGACUAUGACGUUCGCAGCCGAACAAGUGUACAGACUGAAGAUGACCAGCUUAUUGCUGGCCAGAGUGCAAGAGCUAUUAUGGCUCAACUUCCCCAGGAGGAGAAAGCUAAGAUUGCUGAGCAGGUAGAGAUAUUCCACCAAGAAAAGAGCAAACUGGAUGCAGAAGUGGCCAAGUGGGAUGACAGUGGCAAUGACAUCAUUGUGUUGGCAAAGCAGAUGUGCAUGAUUAUGAUGGAAAUGACAGACUUCACUAGAGGGAAAGGCCCCCUGAAGAAUACAUCAGAUGUCAUUAAUGCAGCCAAGAAGAUUGCAGAGGCAGGAUCAAGGAUGGACAAAUUGGCACGGGCGGUAGCUGAUCAGUGCCCAGACUCAGCCUGCAAACAGGAUCUGUUGGCCUACCUGCAGCGCAUUGCCCUGUACUGCCACCAGCUCAAUAUCUGCAGCAAAGUGAAGGCAGAAGUUCAGAACCUGGGAGGAGAACUUAUUGUAUCAGGGACUGGAGUUCAGAGCACUUUCACUACCUUUUAUGAGGUAGAGUGUGAUGUCAUAGAUGGGGGCAGGGCUAGUCAACUUUCCACCCACCCACCCACCUGUGCUGAGGGAGCUACGCUUGAGACCGGAAGCGGUGACUCCUCAACGCUGGACAGUGCCACUUCUCUCAUCCAGGCAGCUAAAAAUCUGAUGAACGCUGUGGUCCUUACAGUGAAAGCUUCAUAUGUGGCUUCUACUAAAUAUCAGAAGGUCUAUGGUACUGCUGCAGUGAACUCACCAGUUGUAUCUUGGAAGAUGAAGGCCCCUGAGAAGAAACCUUUAGUAAAGAGAGAAAAACCAGAAGAAUAUCAGACAAGAGUGAGAAGAGGGUCCCAGAAGAAACAUAUUUCCCCUGUACAGGCCUUAAGUGAAUUUAAAGCUAUGGAUUCAUUCUAAACCACUAAGCUUUACCAGGAGGGUUUUAUAUUCUUUUUGUAUGCAUACCUGCCGACUUGUAUGCGUCUGGCAUGGGGGGGGAAGCAGUGACAAUUUGCAUGCGACCUGACACUCUAUUCAAGUAACUAACUUUCUGCAAUGCCAAAAUUUAGGGCAUUGCCUUCUGAUGUUAAAUGGACUUACUCCAAGCUUCCUUUUUAAACUAAACUAUAGCAUUAAAUUGGCCAAAGAAUUUGCAUCACAGGGGUACGUGUGGAUUAAAUAAUAAAUUCAAGUCUAAACCCCGAAAUUUUUAUGCAUGCAAGAAACAUUAGGUUGGCAGGUAUCUUCAGUGAAAAAAAAAAAAAGGAAUUGUAAUGGUAGACCAUAAAGCUUGUAUUGCUUCUGUUGCAGUGAAAAAAUGUACUAGCCAAUAUGCUUCAAUGUGUGGCCCAAUAAUUAAAUGAUAUAACUUUUAAGUCAUCUUCAUCAUAGUAUGUGAAUUUUUAAAACAGAUUCAAACUAAUUCAUCUUAAAAAUGCUUCUUUUAAGCCAUUUUUUGUUCUUUAUAUUCUAGUAGUGUUAUGAUUGCUCACAUUUCAAUUAAUCCCAUUAAUAUGACCAGAGGUUUACUUUUGCCAAUUGAAUUCCUUAUGGUGGAGUAUGAAGCACAAUAUGGUGAUUGACAUUGCCUUUUAUAUUAUGAUUAUUAUUCUGAUUAUUAUUAUAAUAUUAGUAAUAGAAGACCUGGUGGUGGAAUGUUUAGAGACACGGAAACUGACAGUGUGAGAAUUUAGAGGCAAAUAUGUAGGUGUAGCUUGGAUUACAGGUAUCUGACAUACCAUUGUAACCACUAACUCAAUAAACUCAUUUAACCUUGAAAUCCUCAA